AUGGUUGGGGCAGGACAAUUCAGCGCGGCAGAGGAACCGGGGAAGGACUACGACCCGUACAAGGAUGGACCCAGUGCGCUGAGCAAGGCGGUUCACUUGUUUUUCUUUACGGAGAUCAUCCGAGGGAUGUGGAUCGUCUUGGAGCAGUUUUUCCGACCGCCAUACACCAUCAUGUACCCUUUCGAGAAGGGCCCACUUUCACCCCGCUUCCGCGGCGAACACGCCCUUCGGCGGUAUCCCAGCGGAGAGGAACGUUGCAUCGCAUGCAAACUGUGCGAAGCCAUCUGCCCGGCACAGGCCAUCACGAUUGAGAGCGAAGCGCGCGCAGACGGCUCUCGUCGGACAACCAAAUACGAUAUUGACAUGACGAAAUGCAUUUACUGCGGAUUCUGCCAGGAAGCCUGCCCUGUAGAUGCCAUCGUGGAAACUCAAAACCAGGAAUUCUCCGUUGAGACGCGUGAAGAGCUGCUCUACAACAAGGAGAAGCUACUUUCGAACGGCGACAGGGCCGAAGCGGAAAUCGCGGCCAAUUUGCACGGUAAGCUGUAUUGGAUCCCAUGCCGUUUCCACUGUCGGCUAACACGUUUCUUCAACAGCCGACCACGUCUACCGGUAGUGUACCGACUCUGCACACCGAUCCUGGAGUGA